GUGAGGGUCAUUGGCAUGAAAAACAUCCGGCAGGCUGAUAUAUUGAGUCAGACGGACUGCUUCGUCACUCUCUGGCUGCCUACUGCCUCUCGGGAGAAGGUGAGGACCAGAACCAUCUCAAACUGCCCACACCCAGAGUGGGAUGAGAGCUUCACCUUCCAGAUCCAGACUCAAGUGAAGAAUGUACUAGAGCUGAGUGUCUGUGAUGAAGACACACUGACGCCAAAUGACCACCUCUUGACCGUACUCUACGACCUCUCCAAGCUUUGCCUUCGGAACAAAACCCAUGUGAAGUUUCCACUCAACCCAGAGGGCAUGGAAGAGCUGGAGGUGGAGUUCCUGCUCGCAGAGAAUCUCUCUUCACCGGAGAUGCUUAUCACCAAUGGCGUGAUUGUGUCUCGGCAAGUCUCCUGCCUGGAGGUUUGUGCGGAAUCCAGGAGGCCAAGGAAGAGGAAGAAAAAUAAAGACCUCCUAGUGAUGGUAACAGACUCCUUCGAGAAUACUCAGUGCGUCCCACCCUUCCAGGAGGCCUGCUGCAGCAAUCCAGCCUGCUUCCACUACCCUAAGUAUUUCCAGCCCCGGCUGCGUGCGGAGGCGCCAGAGAGCCGCUGGAACUGUGGGCUUUGCUGCUGUGGAACACGCAGGAAUGGCUCCGUCUGCCAGCCCCUCGAUUGCCUUUCUGAUGGCCAGCCGGUGACCCUGCCUGUGGGAGAGAACUAUGAACUACAAAUGAAGUCUGUGACCUGCUCUGACACGCUGGAUGUGCGGCUCGGCUUCAGCCUGUGCCAGGAAGAGGUGGAGUUUCUGCAGAAGCGGAAGGUGGUGGUGACCAAAGCCCUAAGUCAGGUGCUGCAACUGGAGGAUGACCUGCAUGAGGAUGAGGUGCCCGUGAUAGCCAUCAUGGCCACAGGAGGAGGCACAAGAUCCAUGGUUGCCUUGUACGGCCACCUGCUGGGGCUGCAGAAGCUGAACCUUCUGGAUUGUUCUACUUACAUCACCGGCUUGUCAGGUGCAACCUGGACUAUGGCUACCUUGUACAGUGACGCGGAGUGGUCUUCCAAAAACCUGGAGCCUGCUGUCUUUGAGGCCCGGAGACAUGUUGUCAAAGACAAGAUGCCUGCCCUGUUCCCAGAUAAUCUCUGCAAAUGGCAAGAGGAACUCCGCCAGCACAGCCAGCAGGGCUACAAGACCAGUUUUACAGACUUUUGGGGCAAGUUGGUUGAGUACAGUCUAGGCGAUAAGAAAAAUGACUGCAAACUGUCCGAGCAGCGUGCCGCCUUGUGCCAGGGGCAGAAUCCUCUGCCCAUCUACCUCACCAUCAAUGUCAAGGAUGAUGUAAGCAACCAGGACUUCAGAGAAUGGUUCGAGUUCUCCCCCUACGAGGCGGGCAUGCAGAAGUAUGGGGCCUACGUUCCUACUGAACUAUUCGGCUCCGAGUUCUUCAUGGGGCGGCUGAUGAAGAGGAUGCCUGAGCUAGAGAUGUGCUACAUGCUAGGUUUGUGGAGUAGCAUCUUCUCCUUGAACCUGCUUGAUGCCUGGAAUUUGUCCCACACCUCAGAGGAGUUCUUCUACAGGUGGACAAGGGAGAAGCUGCAUGACAUCGAAGAUGAUCCACUCCUGCCCGAAAUCCCAAAAUGUGAUGCUAACCCCUUGGAGACCACAGUAGUGAUCCCAGCAUCAUGGCUGUCCAACACCUUCCGAGAAAUCCUCACGCACAGACCCCUCGUGUCUGAGUUCCACAACUUCCUGUACGGAUUGCAGCUGCAUACUGACUACCUACAGCACAAACAGUUCUCUAUGUGGAAAGACACUGUGCUGGACACCUUCCCAAACCAGCUGACGCAGUUCACAAAGCAUCUGAACCUGCUGGACACUGCCUUCUUUGUCAACUCCAGCUACGCACCCCUCCUGAGGCCGGAGAGAAAAGUCGACCUCAUCAUCCACCUCAAUUACUGCGCGGGAUCCCAGACAAAGCCCCUGAAACAAACCUGUGAGUACUGCACCGAGCAGAACAUCCCCUUCCCCAGCUACUGCAUCCAGGAGGAUGACAAAAGUCUCAAGGAGUGUUACCUGAUGGAGAAUCCGCAGGAACCUGAUGCCCCCAUUGUGGCUUACUUCCCGCUCAUCAAUGACACCUUCCAGAAGUACAAGGCUCCAGGUGUAGAACGAAGUCCUGAGGAGCUGGAACUGGGCCAGCUGAACAUCUAUGGCCCCAAGUCUCCCUAUGCCACCAAGGAACUGACGUACACAGAGGCCGCUUUCGACAAGCUGGUGAAGCUCUCAGAAUAUAAUAUCCUCAAUAACAAAGACGCGCUCAUUCAGGCUGUGAGGCUGGCGGUGGAGAAGAAGCGCAUGAAGAGCCAGUGUCCCUCCUAG